GCGGGCAGCCCCCUGCCGAAGCGCCAUGUCCACCGGCUGGUUUCGGCGCCGCUUCCUGCCUGGGGGUCCGCUCCCCGCGCCGCGGCCGCCCGGGCCGCGCGCCAGCCCCGUGCCCUACCGGCGGCCCCGCUUUCUGCGUGGCUCGGGCUCCAGCUCAGGCGCGGCCGACGCCUCGCGCCGCCCAGACGCUCGGCCCGUGCGCAGCCCAGCGCGGGGACGCACGCUGCCUUGGAACGCAGGCUAUGCCGAGAUCAUCAACGCAGAGAAAUCUGAGUUCAAUGAGGAUCAAGCUGCCUGUGGGAAGCUGUGCAUCCGGCGAUGUGAGUUUGGGGCUGAAGAGGACCAAGAGUGGCUGACUCUGUGCCCAGAGGAGCUCCUGACAGGUCACUACUGGGCACUAUUUGAUGGACAUGGAGGUCCUGCAGCAGCCAUCCUGGCUGCCAACACCCUGCACUCCUGCCUACGCCGGCAGCUGGAGGCUGUGGUAGAGGGCGUGGUGGCCACUCAGCCCCCCAUGCACCUCAGUGGCUGCUGCAUCUGCCCCAGUGACCCCCAAUUUGUGGAGGAAAAGGGCAUCAGGGCAGAAGACUUGGUGAUCGGGGCUCUGGAGAGUGCCUUCCAGGAAUGUGAUGAGGUGAUCGGGCGGGAGCUGGAGGCCUCAGGCCAGGUGGGCGGCUGCACAGCCCUGGUGGCUGUAUCCCUGCAGGGAAAGCUGUACGUGGCCAAUGCUGGGGAUAGCAGGGCCAUCUUGGUGCGAAAAGAUGAGAUACGGCCACUGAGCUCUGAGUUCACCCCAGAGACAGAGCGGCAGCGGAUUCAGCAACUGGCUUUUGUCUACCCAGAGCUACUAGCUGGUGAGUUCACCCGACUGGAGUUCCCUCGGCGGCUGAAGGGGGAUGACUUGGGGCAGAAGGUUUUGUUCAGGGAUCAUCACAUGAGCGGCUGGAGCUACAAACUCGUGGAGAAAUCGGAUCUCAAGUACCCACUGAUCCACGGACAGGGUAAGCAGGCUCGGUUACUGGGAACACUGGCUGUCUCCCGCGGCCUGGGAGACCAUCAACUCAGAGUCCUGGACACAAACAUCCAGCUCAAGCCCUUCUUGCUCUCUAUCCCACAGGUGACUGUGCUGGAUAUGGACCAGCUGGAACUGCAGGAGGACGAUGUUGUUGUCAUGGCAACUGAUGGGCUCUGGGAUGUCCUGUCCAAUGAGCAGGUGGCAUGGCUGGUGCGGAGCUUCCUCCCUAGGAACCGAGAAGACCCACACAGGUUCUUGGAGCUGGCCCAAAUGCUGAUACACAGCACACAGGGGAAGAACGACGGUCCCACGGGGGAAGAGCUGGUGUCUUACGAUGACGUCUCUGUGUUUGUGAUUCCCUUGCACAGCCAGGGCCAAGGGAAUAGUGGCCAAUGAAUAUUCACCCAAUUCAUCCCAGAACCACUCCAAGGCCAGGUACAGUCUGGGCAUCCUUCCACUGUGGCCAAGAGCAGGCCCUGCCUACCCUGUUCCCAGCCACAGCCCACUGCUCUUGCCUUCCACCCCAACUCACAUCUGUUUCAAGGGGAACAUUUAUACCAUGCAGUCAAAGCUGGAAGGUUGUGGAGAGCCCAGACUACCAGAUUCUGUCUUUUUCAAUAACAUCCUUCUGGCAGGGGCACUUUACAACUUAGGAAACCCAUGCAAGGCUCCUCAGAUAGGAUCCUCAAUGGCCCAAAAUAUUCUGAUAGGGUCACCUGGGCUAAGGACAUUAGCCAAAGAUACCAUGAGGGCACCCAGCCCAUGUUCAGAUCCUGGUCUCCAAUCCAUAAAUGUCAGGGUGUCCAUUCAGCAACCCCCAAAGUCCAUGCAGGGUGCCUUGUAGAAACCUUUGGAACAGCCAUCUUGAAGACUGCUCCUGAGGAGAGGCCAGCUCAGGUCCUGCCCUGCUCUCCUGUCACUGGAGGGAAGGAACAGGCCCUGGGGCUAAAGUUGAGGGAGAGCAAAAAGGAGCAAGAGGAGCUUCCAGAGUUGGCAGGGCAGGGAGUGUUCUCCAAUCGCUACCUCUAGCCUGGCCUCUUGACUGGUUGCUUCCCCAUCCCCAGCCCUGCCACAAUCUGAUGCCCCAACAAUCAAUGCCUUUGCUUUGUUGCUCCCCAUAACCUCCCUAUUAAAUGUUUGUGUACAGAAGA